AUGGAGGUUCUGUGUUUGCCAAGGUUGCCCCGGGUCGCGGUGUGUGGCGGUACCCAUGGCAAUGAGCUGUCUGGGGUGUACUUGGUUAGAGAGCUGCUUAAAGCGAAGAAGCAGGCGUUGAAGGAGGAAAAAGAGGAGAAACCACUGUCAGUGCUGAUGGUUCUGGGGAACCCAAAGGCUGUGCAGCUCUGCCGCAGAUAUGUUGACACAGAUUUGAACCGCUGUUUCACCCAUGCCAUCCUUAAUUGUCCCUUGUCAGACAGGCCACCCUACGAAAUGAUCAGAUCAAGAGAUCUGAAUGCCUUGCUGGGUCCCAAAGGAACUCGUGAAUCGGUGGAUCUUGUUUGCGACCUUCACAACACCACUGCCAACAUGGGAUUGUGCUUCAUCGCAUACUCUGACUGUGACUGGAUCUGCCUGCACAUAUUCAAAUACCUGCAGAUGCAGCUGCCCGACGUACCAAUGAGGUACAUCCAUUUCGACGUCUCUAAUAAAGAAUCAUAUUCUCUUGAUUCAGUAGGAAAACACGGCUUUGCCAUGGAGAUUGGCCCCCAACCCCAUGGGGUGGUGAGGUCAAACAUCUAUACAGCGAUGAAAUUAGGCGUGCAGCACAUGAUGGAUUGGAUCCAUUUCUUCAACUCAGGUACUAUUUUUGAAGGAGGACUUGUGGAGGUGUUCACCAUGGUUAAAAACAUUGACUACCCAAGAGACAGUGAAACACGCAACAUCACCGCAGCCAUUCAUCCUCAACUCCAGGACAGAGACUUCUGCCUGCUUCACCCGGGAGACCCGUUGUUCCAGACAUUCUCAGGUGAAACACUGAGUUAUAAAGGAAAAGAACCUCUUUAUCCUUUCUUCAUCAAUGAAUGUGCUUAUUAUGAGAAGGGCAUCGCUCUCUCCCUCGCAAGAAAAAGGCGUGUGAUCAUUCCUGCAAUCCGGGUGCAGACAGAGGAGGAGCAACAGGCUAACGAAGAGAAUUUUGCAUCGGAGGAAGAAGAUUGAGGAUGGACUUGACAUGAUGAGACUGACGUGACCAUGAAUUCAAUUUUACAAAAAGCGUUUAUUGAAACGACAGCUGAUGAUG